AUGCCCAGCUACAAGCUUACCUACUUCGACAUCCGCGGCCUCGCUGAGAACGCACGCAUCUUCUUCGCAGUGGCAAAGGUGCCUUACGAAGAUGUGCGUCUCUCCUUGACGUUCGGAACGCCUGGAGACUUCAGCACCAUCAAGCGUCCAGAGUUCGAUGAGAUGAAGGCCAAGGGUGACCUCGACAUCUCUCUUGGCAAAGUGCCGCUGCUGGAGGUGGAUGGCGCGAAGAUCGGCCAGUCCAAGGCCAUCGAGCGCUACCUUGCCAAGGAGCUUGGCUUGGCCGGCUCCAGCCCCGUCGAGGCUGCGCAGGUCGAUCAGCUUGGCGAGACCGUCCGUGACAUCAAGGAUGCAUACCAGAAGGUUCGCGGACUCCAAGACGAGGAGGCAAAGAAGAAGGGCAUGGAGAAAUGGUUCGCCGAAGAUCUUCCCAACUGGGUGAAGCUGGCCGAGAAGUCUCUGCCUGCCGGGCCCGGGCCGUUCAUGGUCGGGGGCAAAGUCUCUGCUGCGGACCUGCUCUUCUACACCCUCCUCCUGGCACCAGGAGGAUUCUUUGACAACACGGAGGCAGCCAAGGCUUCUUUCCAGGACAGCCCGAAGAUCAAAGCCGCACUGGAAGCUGUCGAUGCUCUUCCUCAGUUGCAGGAGUACCUGAAGAAUCGCAAACCGAGCCCGUUCUAA